AUGGAUAUUUUUGUGAAUAGGCUUUGUCCACGGUGUUUCAUUUCUUCAUACUUCUUAUAUUUUCUUCUUCUUCUUCUUCUUCUUCUUCUUCUUCUUCUUCUUCUUCUUCUUAUUAUUAUUAUUAUUAUUAUUAUUAUUCUGUAUAAUCAGACGUCAUAUAUUUUCUUCUUUUUUUCUCUCUUUUUAUCUCAUAGUAAUUUUCAUCUUCAUCGUAAUUUUUUCAGUACAUUCAUACGUCAUAUAUUUUCCUCUUCUUCUUCUUUUUCUUCUUCUUCUUCUUCUUCUUCUUCUUCUUCUUCUUAUUAUUAUUAUUAUUAUUAUUAUUAUUAUUAUUAUUAUUAUUAUUAUUAUUCUGUACAACCCCUUUUUGUUCUUCCCAUUUGUUUUCCGUUAAAUUACUAUUCUACUUCAUUCUUUUUCUUCUUUCAGCUUCCCUUACAAUAUUUCUUCUUCUUCUUCUUCUUCUUCUUCUUCUUCUUCUUCUUCUUCUUCUUCUUCUUCUCAUUCACGUUAUUCUUCUUUCUUUCUUUCCUUCCAUCCAUCCUUUCUAUUUUCUCAAAUAUAUUCCUUUUACUCACAAUAGGUUUCAAGGUCACGCGGGUGAUAAGCCGGAGCCUGACUGAUGCCGUGCUUCUUUUUACGGGGACAAUUACUGUCUCUUCUCCCGACGUAUCUUCUCUCGUCAUUGCGAUACCCACCGAGUUAUCAGGCUUCGAACUUUCCUGGAGCGAUCCCUUUCACAGUUCUGCGGCAUCUCUCGACUAUGCCAUUCCCCGACGGCGCGUGCGCACAUCGCAGCCGGAGUCUGAUACCGUAUUCGUUUUAAAACCGCCUAAAGCGUUGGCAGAAACUUUCUUUUUAUCGGCGAAUAUCUCGAAUGUUGGAGCUUUGAUGGCAGAAAACCGAUUACCACUCUAUAUUUCUUUUUCUUUCUUGUUAUAUUGCCUUCUCCCUAUACUUACAUUUCUUCUUUCUUUCUUUCUUUCUUUCUUUCUUUCUUUCUUUCACCUUUCUUUCUUUAUCAUUAGCUUUUCUUCCAUCAUUCUCAUCCCUUUCUCGCCGCGCCUAAUUUAUUCAUACUUAUGA